GGUUGGUAUUUCUUUUUUUUUUUUCUUAAUCCGAUUGUUACGGCUUCCAGUGUUCCAUACCACAUCUAUGAGCUGGCAUUUUAAAUUGUGAAUGAGAAGCUCAGAACAGAACCGAAGUUAUUCGCGGUGAGAGAACAACUCACAGAUACACCACACACCACCUGGGCAAGUAAGAAAAGUCUAUUCGGGGCUUCGAAUACUGAAACAGUUGUGAUUUCGGUUUGGGUGUGGUAUAUUCGGUAUAAUUAUAUCGGAUCGGAAUUCCGUUUUAAAUAAAACAAAAGAAAAUAAAUUUAAUUUGUUUAAAUAAGAUAACCUCUGUAUGCACACACACACCACUAAUUAAGUGGAUCAAUAUAUUUCCUAGUGAAUAAAUACCAACGAGAAUUUAUAAAUUGGUAAAUACGAAAUAUGAGUGAUCUAGUGAGUGAAAAUCAAAAUGACCAAAAUGGUCAUCGAGAUAUCCGGUUAACGGAAGGAAGUGAUCCCAUAUCGGUAAUCAAUAGUCCAUUAUCGGAUGUCGUCGAUAGUAGUGGUACGGGUACCAAAAGAACAUGGGUGAAAUUCGAUGAUGAAACAGAAGAGGUGAAAAAUAAAAUAAAUGAAAAUAAUUUAUCUAAUGCACUUGGGGGGGAACAACCCGCCAUCGCCAGCACAGAAACACACUUAACAACAACAACAAAAACAUCACCACUGGAAGCAAACAAGUUAUCUCCACCACCACCAUCACAAAAAAAUGUAGCUACGCCAGCAGUGAAAGAGAGACAACGUUUACCAUUUCCCUCUUCUGCUCCAAUGACAACGUCAACGACGGCAACCGCUUCUCAGAUAACUUCGAAAACACGAUCAAAAUCUCCUGUACAGAGCCCGCCCACUAUAUCAGCAAGCAUCACACCUGCUGUUUUAACUACCGAAAGUACACACGUCAAUUUAAGUCAUACAUCUUCCACAACACCGGAAAAACCGGUUCCCCUUACUAACAUCACAAAUACAAACAAAACCACCUCAAAUAAUGCAACAUCACCAACAGUACCCAAACAUGAUGUUUCAGUUCCAAUUGGUUCCACAAUGCGAACCAUUGAACUUUCAACAGGCACAAUUCGCGAAGGAUUUGCGAACGGGGAUGUUAUAGUAACAUUGCUUCCAUGUAAUACAAAAUGGCCUUGGGUCACUCCAGCAAUUUUCCGCCCAGAACUGGUGCCAGAGGAAUUAAUGGCGCAAGGACUGACUCUAACCGUUGAGGAAUAUGUAAACGCGAUGGAAACACUUGUUAACGACUAUCGAUUUACACUGUACAACAUUUGUUACAAACGCAUUCUUGUGUGUUGGAUUCUUUUUGCAUUUUGUGUCCUCUUGACCAUGUUAUUCUCAGGCCUCCAGGGAGUAGCUUUAUUCUCUCUGGGAGUUGCUUGGUUAUUUUUGAAUGCUGCAGCUAUCUUCUUGUGCAUGUGGAUGAAACUACGAUUGUCACGUGGCUUAGAAAAAUGCCUGGCACGAGUUAAUAAACAGCUGAUAAAACACAAAAUCAUUCUGGUUCUUGAUGAUAGAGGAAAAAUAUCAUGUCACAAAGUUAAUUUGUGUUUCUUGUAUUUUGAUUCGACACAAUGUGUAGAGUUUUUGAAUAGUUUCUUGGAACAUACUGAACAAAAUGGACAUAACCUUCAAGCUGGAUGGGAAGCAAAGCUUGAUUUGGAUGUAAAUGAUAUUGUGAUUCAAGGAAGCAAUCCAAUGAGAUUGUCAAGGAAACAGGCAAUUGCACAAGAAAUAUACCUCAGCUAUUUGCAACGAUGGGGUAAAGACUUCCUUAGAAGACGUUUGGAUUGGACAGUGCAAGAAGCAGGAGUUCACGAAACCCCACGGCAUCUGCAAUCCUCCAUAUGUCCAUGCCAAUACGAAGAAGAGGUCCUACGAAACAAGAUUAAAAUUCAAAACCAAAGAAAUCAAUGUUGUGGCAUAAAUUGUUUAGGAUGUUGGCUGUAACUUAAACAAAAAUAUAAGAAAACAAAAAUUUAAUGUACUUAAAGUUAAUUAUUAUGAAAAAUUUCGUCUCCUUUUGUUUUGUUUUAGAAAUUAUUUUUUAGUGGCAUAAAUUAAAUAAAAACGCAUAUGCAUUUCAAA